AUGGGAACGCUCAGCUUGGCUCUCGGGAUCCUCACGCUCUGCUCUGCCGCUGCCCGGGGGGGUAACAUCUGCAGCACCCGUGGGGUGAGCUCCUGCAAGCAGUGCCUGGCUGUCAGCCCCCUCUGUGCCUGGUGCUCCUCAGAGGACUGGGCAGAGUCCUCCCCUCGCUGUGACCUUCAUGCCAACCUCCUGCAGAAGGGCUGUGGGCAGGAUGAGAUUGAGUUCCCCAUCAGCACCGUGACCAUCCAGCAGGACCAGCCCCUCAGCAACAAGGGCUCAGGAGGCUCCAGCACCACCCAGAUGAGGCCCCAGAGGAUAGAGCUGAACCUGAGGCCAGAUGACUCCCAGAUCUUUCACAUCCAAGUACGCCAAGUGGAAGACUACCCCGUGGACAUCUACUACUUGAUGGACCUGUCCAACUCCAUGAAGGAUGACCUGAGGAACAUCCAGCACCUGGGCACCAGGCUGGCCAGCGAGAUGCGCAAACUCACCAGCAACCUGCGCAUCGGCUUCGGGGCCUUUGUGGACAAGCCCAUUUCCCCCUACAUGUACAUCUCUCCUCCAGAAGCCCUCAAGAACCCUUGCUACGAGACUGGGGAAACCUGCCUGCCCAUGUUUGGCUACAAGCACGUCCUGUCGCUGACGGACGAGGUGACGCGGUUCAACGAGGAGGUGCAGAAACAAAGCGUGUCCCGGAACCGCGACGCGCCCGAGGGGGGCUUUGAUGCCAUCAUCCAGGCCACCGUGUGCCAGGAGAAGAUUGGAUGGAGGAACGAUGCUUCCCACCUGCUGGUCUUCACCACGGAUGCCAAGACCCACAUUGCCCUGGAUGGCAGGCUGGCUGGCAUCGUGCAGCCCAAUGAUGCCCAGUGCCACAUUGAUGAGGACAACUUCUACUCUGCCUCCACCACGCUGGACUAUCCCUCUUUGGGCCUGAUGACUGAGAAGCUCUCACAGAAGAACAUCAACUUGAUCUUUGCUGUGACAGAAACAGUUGUUGGGCUCUACCAGAACUACAGUGAGCUGAUCCCAGGCACAACUGUGGGCACCUUGUCCAGAGACUCCAGCAAUGUCCUGCAGCUCAUCGUGGACUCCUAUGGGUGGGAUCUGUGGGGACACUUGAGGGUCCUGAUGCCCUCUGGCUUGUCCCCAGGCCACGGGCGCUGCAGCUGCGGGGACUGUCUGUGUGACUCAGACUGGACAGGUGACAACUGCAACUGCACCACCAGAACAGACACCUGCCUGGCCAGCAACGGGCUGGUGUGCAGCGGGCACGGGUCCUGCCUCUGCGGCCGCUGCGACUGGAACCAGCCCGGGGCCUACGGGGACAGCAUGGAGGGGCUUUCCAGAACCUGCCUCCUCUUCCUCAGGGAGUGCGUGGAGUGCAAGAAGUUCGAGCGGGGGGCGCUGGUGAAGCAACAAACCUGCAGCCGCGUGUGCCGCGACGAGAUCGAGACGGUGCAGGAGCUGGGUGACAGGGGCAAGGACGCCGUGAACUGCACCUACAAGGACGAGAACGACUGCGUGGUGAGGUUCCAGUACUACGAGGACUCCAGUGGCAAGUCCAUCCUCUAUGUCAUCGAGGAGCCAGACUGCCCCAAGGGGCCAGACGUGCUGGUGGUCCUGCUGUCAGUGACAGGAGCCAUCCUGCUGAUUGGCCUGGCUGCCCUGCUCAUCUGGAAGCUCCUCAUCACCAUCCACGACCGGCGGGAGUUCGCCCGCUUCGAGGAGGAGAAGGCCAGGGCCAAGUGGGACAUGGGCAACAACCCUCUAUACAAAGAGGCCACAUCCACCUUCACCAACAUCACGUACCGCGGGAACAUGUGA